AUGCUGACAGCGAAUGCCAGCGCCAAUGCAGCAGCGAUCCAGCAGAGUGGGGGCCGAUUGGCUGUUCUCCCUCUUGACCUCGGUGAUGUCAGCACAGCACCAGACGUGGCCAAUCAUUUCGAUUUGGUCAUUGCAUCGGAUAUUUGCUACGAUCCUGUGUUGUACACCCCAUUGCUGGCAACGCUGCGAUCCCUAUCUUUUAGACACUUCCUCAUCGCAAUUGUUCAACGCCCGGACCUGGGAGAGGAGACCUUCGAGAACUUCUGCAAAGACGAGGACGUCCCGCUGCAGCUGCGCUACACGGCUCUCCCUCCUGUGGAGGACGGCUGCCCGGCUCACCGCAUCAACAUUUAUGAGAUGACUUCGGCUGACCUGCAGCGUGGGAAGGAGCAGUUCGGGUCGAAAGGCUCCAAAGCCGCAAGCGGCACGGCUGCUGGCCCGGGUGGUUCCCAGAAAGAGGGCAAGGGAACUCCAGGAGCCUCCAGUGGGCCAAGCCGGGCUCACACAGCAGGCUUUCGAUUCGGUGGCCAGGGAUGCUCCCAAGCAGCGAAGGCCCUGCUCGUCCCAGCAGCCCUUGCAGGGCCGGAAGCAGAGGUGCGGUCUACACUUGAGGCAGCGAUCUCAUCAGGUGGGGCUGAUGGUUGCCGUCAGGUGCUGAAACGGAUGCUGCUGCGCUGGCAUCCAGACAAAGCGCUCCAGGGAGAGUCUGCCGAGGCGAAAGCAGCCCAGGCCGAGUCAACCCGAGUGCUGCGCUUCAUCCUGCAGGAGAGAGAUCGGUUGGGCCUCUAA